GACGGAAUUAGCAGAUUGAGUGAGACGCAGUGGUUCCAUAGAUUGAUAGUACGCACGUGUUUAUCAUAAGUUACCGUAAUGGCAGAUCGUAUUCAAAUGUGGAUUGACUGCGACCCCGGGAACGACGACGCAGAAGCUAUCAUGGUGGCGCUAUCACUACCGAAUGUGGAUGUGCUGGGUAUCAGUUGCGUUAAUGGCAAUGCCAAUGUUGAUCAGUGUUGUCGUAACACGUUGAGGGUUCUGAGAGCAUGUGGUAGAGAGGAGAUCCCCGUCUUCAGAGGUUCGACAUUGUCCUUGCUAGAUGCCGGGGACUGUAUACCAGAUUCGGCGCACGGUAUAGAUGCUCUAGGAGAUGCCCCGGAUGUCAUAAUUCCCGACAUGUCCUUGCUAAAACCCGAACACGGCGUCAAUGCUCUGGUUAAAGCUGUCAAUCAACAUCCGGGAGAAAUAUCUUUAGUUGCAUUAGGACCCCUCACAAGCGUUGCCAUGGCAGUGAGGAUGGAUGCCGAUUUCCGAAAGAAAGUGAAAGAUUUAACAGUGAUGGGUGGAAACACAAAUGGUAGAGGUAACAUUACAUUAUGCGGUGAGUUCAAUUUUGCGAUGGACCCAGAGGCGGCAUGUAUUGUACUGAACUCCAUGGAAUGUCCCAUACUUAUCCUAACAGCUGAUAUAUGCGAAGAACAUCCAUUAACACAGACAUGGAUGAAAGAACGACUGAGUGUUGGAACGGAAAAAGCAAAGUUUGUGUCGGCCAUCAGCGUCGUUUUAAUUAAAUAUUCCGAGAAUAUCUAUGGGUUAGGAAAAGACAGUCCUUACAUCUGUUGGGACAGCUUAGCCAUGGUAGCUCGUCUAUGUAAGGAUGCUAUCGUGGAAUCCGUACAACAUUACGCCACGGUAGAACUACAUGGUAAACUCACAAGAGGUCAAAUGGUUGUUGAUUGGUAUGAUAAAUUGAAUAAACCAAAAAAUGUGAAUAUAAUAAAAAAAUUAAAUAUGGAUAUUAUAAAAGAAAUGUUGAUACAAUCCGUUAAAUAGAAAUGUGGUAAAUGUAUAUGACAAAUGGCAUAUUGUUUUAGAUUUGAAAUUUACGAGUGGUUCAAUAAAAAUAACUACCAUUCCAACAGAA